AUGAUGCAGACUUUCCCCUCCAAACGGAUCCCUGUGGUAUACAGCAUACCAGCUCCCAAUGAUCCUGAACAUGGAUCUGGACAGAGUCCGAAUCUUCACCAUCUCCAGUCUCCUCAAGAAGAAAUCUCAUAUGUGCAGCAAUCUUUCUUCAAACAGACGAAUUUGCAUUUCUGGAGAAGAUGGCUUCUAGGAAUGUUACCUCUGAUUUCCUUAGCAGUCACUGUACUCGUGUUGGUUCUGUACUAUUCAUUAUCUCCAGCAUUCUCCUUUAUCUAUAUUGGUGGAAGUAUAGAAAUACCUAACUUGACCUAUACCAGUGACCUCACUGAUCCAAAGUCACAGAAAUUUAUAAUGGAAGCAGAAGCAAUCCAGAGCUAUUUUGCAGAACUAUAUGAGUCUUCUACAUUAGGGAAAUAUUACUUGAAAUCUGUUGUUGCUGCAUUUAGUGAAGGAGAAGAUGGUCUCCGAGCUUACUACUGGAAUAAAUUCUGGGCACCGCAAGAGAUAGUGCACUCUUUCAAAAAACUAACCUCAUUAAAACAUAAGGAAAUAAUCCGUAAACAUACAUUUCAGACUAUUAAUUCUUCUGCUGAAUCCUUUCCCGUGGAAGAGGAUUUUGAUCUCUUAACAAUGGAGCUUUUUGUUUCAGAUUCUUCCGACUAUGAUGUGACACUGAAGUCAGCAGUAUCCUUCGACCUGUAUGCAAAGCCAGGUAACAACAGGACUUUAACUUUGAUGAAUCCCAAGAAAUCUUUUUAUCAGUGGAGGCUGCGUGUUCCUUCUAACUAUAUUGUGAAACUUGUAGUCCUUACUCUGCAUGGUGUCACUCCAGGGAGUUGUGCAUCACACAGAUUAUCUGCAUAUGAUUUUCUUCUUCCUCUUCAGAACAAGAUCAUUACAAGGUGGUGUGGAGUACCAGGGGCCUGGAGUCCUCCUGUCAUACGGUUAACUUCAUCAAGUAAUGUUAUGCUGGUCACCUUCUCGCUGGACAGAAGAAAAGAGAGUAACAUGCUAAAAGCAUACUUCCAAGCAGUUCCUAAAGUUGUCUGUGGUGGGCAUUACAUCUCUUGGAAUGGGACAGUGAGCUCCCCUUAUUAUCCAAGCUACUAUCCACCAAAUAUUGACUGCAGCUGGCUACUCAGAGCACCCCUGCCUGGAUAUAAGUUGUCGCUAAAAAUCCUUGUCAUACAAAUUCAAGAGAAGUCUCCAGGGUCCAAUAAAUGUGAUAAGGACUGGUUAGAAAUUGAUGGAGUUAGAUAUUGUAAAACUAUUGCUGAAAGCAACAGAAACAAGGAAUAUGGCUAUUCAGUUGCAAUUAAUUUCCAUUCAGAUGAACUGGUCACGCACAGAGGGUUUUAUAUUGAAUAUAAAGCUUUCAGUCACAUGGACCCAUGUCCUAGACAAUUUAAAUGUACAGACAGAACAUGCAUUCCUUUAAACAACCAAUGUGAUGGAUGGAAAGACUGCUCAGAUGGCAGUGAUGAAUUAGACUGUGGCUGUAGUCCAGAGGAGUCUAACUGUGGCGAUGGGAAGUGUAAACACCGUUCAAAGACAUGCAAAGGGGACGACAGUUGCGGAGAGGAUAGUGAUGAAAAUGAUUGCCCCUAUAAAAGUUGUUCCUCGUAUACAUAUAAAUGCCUGAAUGGAAAAUGCCCCACAAAACCAAACCCAGAAUGUGAUGGAAUAAGAGAUUGUGGAGAUGGAUCUGAUGAAAUGAACUGUGCUUGUGGAAGAAUCCAGUUAAAAAAAACUAGAAUUGUUGGAGGUGAAGAUGCAAGAUCUGGAAAGUGGCCUUGGCAAGCAAGCUUGCAGAUGGGAAUGUAUGGCCAUAUCUGUGGUGCAUCUGUUGUUUCAAAUAGGUGGCUGUUAUCUGCUGCCCAUUGUUUUCUGGACUCUGAUUCUAUAAGAUACUCUGUGCCUUCUGGCUGGAAAGCGUAUAUGGGCAUAAGGAUCAUUAACAAAAACAGCAAUCAUGUAGCUAUGAGAUCAAUCAAAAGGAUUGUUGUCCAUCCACGGUAUGACCAAUAUAUCUCAGACUAUGACAUUGCCCUGUUGGAAAUGGAGACACCAGUAUUCUUCAGUGAGCUGGUUAUCUUGCCAAAACACUGCAAGAAGCUAAAGUGAAAAUAAUUAAUCAAAGUAUUUGCAACAAGCUAUAUGAUGAUCUGAUUACAUCUCGAAUGCUGUGUGCUGGAAAUCUUAAUGGCGGCAUUGAUGCAUGCCAGGGAGAUUCUGGAGGUCCAUUGGCCUGCGUCGGAAAAGGAAAUAGAUGGUAUCUUGCCGGCAUUGUCAGCUGGGGUGAAGGAUGUGC